CUACAAGUGAUACGAUGGUUGAAGAACGUCCAAAAGAACUCAUAAAACCUAAUAAUGUAAAAGAAGAGACUCAAACCAAUACUAAUACGACGACGACGACGACUACCAAGAAGAAGAAAAUAAAUGAAGGAUAUCAAACCAAUCAUCGAAAACUUUGGAUCGGACCUGGUGAAGGAUGUAGUGUCUCAUUAGGAAAACUUAAAAAAUUGAUUCAUUCUGUUAAGUUUUUGGUUAGGAUUUCAGCUUCUGUCCAUCCUAAUUCAAAUAAAAAAGAGAAAACAUCUGAUCGAAGUUCUAAGGGUUUGAAUCCUAAUGAUACUGGAAAGAAGAAUCGUGAGAAUCUAACUUGAAAGAAAGAUAGUGAUGUGGUUGAAGUUGAUGGUGGUAGUAGUGGUGGAUAUAAAAAUUUUAUUGGAAGAGUUUUGUUUGUGCAUCAAGAUUACAUUGCAAGAAAACAUUUUUUUUUCGUUUAAAAAUCGUUACUUUUUCUCUCGUUCUAUUUUUUCUCGCGAUGAAUUUUGUAUUGUGAUUGUUUUAAAAUUUUCUUUGUCGUUCUUUUUCAUUGUUUUUUUUAUCAUUUUUGUUAUUGUUAUUGUACUGCUCAAAAGACUUUUGCUAAGAAUAUAGGACAUUAUCAUUUUUUGAUAUUUAAACCACUAGUAAGACUAAUAGUUUAAAAGGCAUCGAGUUAUGAAAUUACAAGUCAAAAUGUUUGUUAAAUAGAUCUUUAUUGUAAUGUUUUUCUUGUGAAGUUUUUUUCAAGUAUUCAUUAUGACAUUCUUUGAAUUCGUUGAUUUGAUUGAUUUUUUUGUUUAUCGUACUGAUCAAGAAGUGAAAUUGGACAAUAUAUUGCG